AUGGACUGGCUAGGUGGGAAGACUCGGAGAGACGGGAUAGCAGCCUAUGGCCGAGUACUAUUCCACCUCAUAACUCGUUGGGUUGUGAACCGUGGAAACGGCGAUCCAACGGGAUGUGACUGUCUGGGAGAUGGAACUCGGAUCGAGCCGGGGGUGUUACAGGCAGUGCUUGGCCAAAAUAUAGACAAGAAACUCAAUGUCAUCUACUAUGCAAGCAAGACUAUGGAUGAUGCUCAAUGCAAGUAUGCGACUACGGAGAAGGAGCUCCUCGCCAUCGUCUUUGCCUUUGAGAAGUUUCAAAGCUAUAUAGUUGGGUCUAAAGUGAUUGUGCACAUUGACCAUGCUGCCCUUAGGCAAAUCUUUGAUAAGAAAGAUACAAAGCCAAGACUUCUGAUCGCGGGAUCAGGUCUUCCCCUUUCCUAUCCCUGA